AUCAGCCCAGUAGGCCAUACCACUCGGAAUGGCGGAGAGUGUUGUCGAGUCGUUCGUAGUAAAGGAGUUCUCAUAGUGAUGUCAAAAUGCAGCCCCCGCCUAGAAAGGUAAAGCACACGACAGCUCUCAAGAACAUUCAUGCCGAACAGGUGGCCAAGCUCCAAGCUAAACAUCAGCAGGAAUGUGAUUUAUUGGAGGAUAUCAGAAAUUUUGCAAGACAGAGAUCUAUCAUAGAGAAGGAAUAUGCCCAGUCGUUGCUGAAGCUGACCACUGGUUUAUUGAAGCGUGACUUCCCAGCCACCCCUGACCUGUCAACUGAGGAUGGACAAGAACACAGGUUCAGCCCAGGAAGAACAGCCCUUGGAGUGUGGCGAGUCAUACUGGAGGAGACGGAAAACCUGGCAAAAGCCAAACUACAGGCAGCUGAGAUAUACAUGGAGAAGAUAGCAGAACCAGUCAAGCCUCUACGGGCAACUAAAAUACAAUGUCAAAAAAAGGUAAUGCCACAACUGACCACUCUACACCAGGAGGUCAGUCAGAGCGUGAUGGAGAUGGCCAAGUCACAGAAGGGAUACAACCUUGAUGAGAAUGUCUCUCACGAAGCGCGUCUGAAGGCUGCGGACACUAACAACAGAUUGGCUCGAAGGUCUACGGGGAUUUUCCAAUCCUUGACAAGUUUACAACAGAAAAGUGCUAAGCUUAACAGUAGAAAAGACAUGUGUGAAGCCAAGUCCUGUCAAUCACGUAAUGAAUAUGUUCUAAACAUGUCUGCAGCCAAUGCACAUCAAAUACGCUACUACAGCAUUGACCUCCCAGAUCUCAUGAAGACCUUGGACGCUGAUAUGUUUGAACGAGUUGAAGAAUACUUCACUGUGCUAGGAUCCACAGGUCUGGAGAUCAGUACGCAGGAAAAGGACUCGUGCGAGAACAUCGUCUCCCUGGCAAAAAUGAUUGACCGCCAGUUCAACCAUCAGUGUUUUCUCUACUGUAAUCAUGUCUUCACUGACCUUACACAAUACCAUUUUGAACCUUGCCAAAACGACGAGUGCAAUAAAGUUUCCAAGGACCACAAUGCUGGACUACAGUUGGACAAGGAGGCCCGAAAGUGGGCCACCAAGGCCGCCAAGGAAAGUAAGACCAUCAAGGAGUUUAGUGCCAGCCUCAAGUCUCUCCAGGACCAGGCCCAGGGCGACAAGCUCUCCGAUUCAGGAAUGGACAUCAACACCUCUCAAGAUCUAGAGCAGAGGAUAGAGGAAACGCGCUUUUGUCUCCGAAAGUCAGAGAUAGCUAAAUGUAAAGCUGAAGCUAGAUUAGAAGCGCUGAGGCAAGCAGAAGUUAAUGUGGACGAAUGGAUAGCUAGUGCCCAGGCAGAAAGUUUACGGGUAGAGGAGGAAGAAAUGUCACGGACCCCUAGUCAGAUCUCACUACGGACGGAAAGUUCAGGAGGGAAAAGUGACGACCAUGAACCAACCUAUACACAUUAUGAUGAUGACGAUGACUUCAUCGAUGACACAUUUGAAGUUAGUAAACAUGACAGCAUCAGUUCCUACGGCAGUCACACAAAGGCCGUUAAGUGUAGAGCCAUGUAUGAUUUCCAGGCUAGUAAUGCAGACGAGUUAAACUUGACAGAAAAUGACAUUUUAGAAAUAAUAUCUGACGGAGAUGGAGACGGUUGGGUAAGGGCGCGUAACUCUGAUGGAAAGAUAGGAUACAUUCCACAGAAUUAUGUAGAGGUUCUGGAGAAUGGCGGUAUGGACCAGUCAGAUCACGCUGACAACCCAAUCCAAGCGGAAACUACAGAGGGUGUCGAGAUACAUCCGGUCCCGACAUUUGAUCUACAGUCACCAGUCUCGACCAAUGAUGCCACACAGGAAGUGACAUCAUAUUCCUCGGGUGACAUCGAGGUACAGAUGACAACUAAUAAGAUGUCUCCUGAUAAAUUACCUGUGGCUCCAGAAGAGGGAAUCUGGGCCAGGGCCUUGUACGAUUAUGAAGCCAUGACAGACGAAGAAUUGUCAUUUACCGAAGGAACACUGAUAAAUAUUAUACGCAAAGAUGAAAAUGGUGUGGAUGAUGGUUUCUGGGAAGGGGAGAUCAAUGGCAAAGUCGGGGUAUUUCCGUCCCUGGUUGUAGAAGAAAUCGACACAAGUUCAGGUGGACUGAACAUGUUACCUUCACCAGAUGAUAGAUUGGGUCCCCCAGAAUUUGUGCCCCCUCCUCCUGUCACCAUUACUGCGGCCACACCCGAGACCGAGGACCUCCCUCGUCCCUUGUCUAACGGCACAGACGGUGCCCCCGCAAGCAGUAGUCCACGGAAGACAACAGAACAGUAUUAUAGGCGUGUACGACAGAACAAGAGCCAGGGCCGUCACAAUAGUCACUUUCCCCACCCCAGUGGUGGUCUCGGCUCGCCCCACAGUAGAGGUGUAGUCUCCGCACGUGUUAGUGGCCGUGUGCCUGCACAGGUGUGUGUCUCGCGCCAGGUUCGUGGCAGUCUGACAUACAUGGACUAUGAGGACGAUGAAGGGGAGGUGUCUAUAGUAUGACCCCUGACCCCGUGUAGUGCCCCUCCCCCGGGGGCUUACUAAACACUGGACCAGGAUUGGCUGGAAGUUCUUGUGCGUUGUGUUCAGCAUGAUAUUGUGACAAUGAUAAUUGUUUAAAAACAGUGUAACUAUUUAUUGAAUCGAAGAAGAUUGCAUCAUGACAUGUGAUAUUUGGGGUCAAAGUUCAUGGUAAUAUUAGGUCAGAUGACCUCAUUUUUUUCAUUGUUAAAAAAAUAUAGUACUAUUAUACUUGAUGUAAUCUUGUAGAUUUUAAUGAUGGAUGUAUGUCAGUAAUCAAACAACCUGCAUUUGAUCCCGUCAAUGUCAAGCCAAAGACAAAAUAUGUGUUACUAAGUGAAAUGUAUGUUUUAGUUUCCCAUCUGUAGGAUCUGAAGUGGAGAGGAAUGUGCUUAAGAUGUAGAUAUUUUGGGGAGAUUUCAUUUUAUAAAAUGACAUUUAUUUGAAGUAAACAAUUAUCUGUAAGUACAUAAGUACCAGUCAGCCUGGGUUAACAGUCUUGUUUAGCUUAAGUCUCAAACAACAUGUUUGGCCUCUUUGUCUUUUUGGUAUGAUAAUUAACUUUUUUUUCUUCAGUAAUAUAUUUGUGUCCUGUUUAGGAAUGAUUUGAACCACAUUUGUUUAACAAUAACUUAAACAAACUUUUUUUUUUUGGAGAUUUAAUUUCAAAGGAAAUUUGCAUGAAAAUGGAUUAAAGAUAAUCACACGGGGCCAAGAAACACCAUAUUUUGAAAUAUGGAGGAAAAAAAAUCUUGAUUUAGUGUCACUACCAGUUUAGAUAUUAAUUACAGUUUGAUUAUUGUAGUAAUUGAUGAUCAAGGAUUCCAAAUAAGGAUGUAAAAAAAAAAAAAUUAAAUUCUCUGUACCAGGGGUCAAAGGUCAUAUAGCUCUAGUCAGUGCUGAGGGCAUUUAUCAUGCAUGUACAUGUAGUUUGAAGUACCUUCGUUUUUCUUUGUAAAAUAACUCAACUUCUCCCUGUCCUUUGAAAUGAGUAACAAUUUGUGUAAAUUUAAUCUUGUUUUCAUGGUUUGUGUGGGUGUAUCAGUUACUUACAGUUGUUUUAUUUUGUGGGGCAAACACUUUGCGGAUGUCUCGGUCGGAAAUUUCGUGGGACAAAUAUUUCAUGGAUGUCUCAGUCGGAACUAGUUCACAGAUAUUAAAUUUUAUGUACCAUUGACUUGUAAGCAGUCUGUCUGUAUUUAUUUUCACGCUAUAUUAAAUUAUCGCGAAUAUAGCGAAAAUAAAUUGCCCACAAAUAUUACCAACUCUGCAGUACCCUUAACUUAUAUCAGUGGCAAGGCUUCAUUGAAUAAGUCUAUGUCCUCAGAUACACUUGUUUCAAUACAGGGCUGUCUUUUAUAUGGCGAUAACUUGGUAGUGUACAGAAAGGAAAAUAUAUAUAUUUAUUAUUUCAUAUAUAAGUAAGGUUAAGACUUACUAGAAUCAGAGAAUUAAAUAACAAUACUACUGGAACCAACCAGGCUAACAGGUUUUAGAUCUUGUGGUAUAAAUGAUCUGGAAAAUGUUUUUAAUACAUUUUGGUAUUUUAGAUCUGAAAAUUAUAAAAGUGCUCAUUCCUAUUCUGCAUAUCUUACAUGUUAUUUCCUAUUUAGUUGAGGUUUUCUAUUUAACACAGAGUUUGGAAGAUAAUCAUUGUAUAUCAAUCAGCCAAACAGUUCAGAAAUGAAUAUUGUUUCAUUUUGUUUAUGUAUGUGGUGAUUUUCAGUAGUCUGAGAGUCCAAACAUAUUUCUGUAUGCUGUUAACGUCUGGUGCAAAAUUAGAGUGUCUGGGAAUUUGUUUGUUUCCAGGUGAGUUAUUUAAUAUUCUUAUGCACUCUUUAUGCAAUAUUUAAUAUUUAAACAGUAAUGUAGUUAUUUGUAGAUCUUGAAUUGAAAUUGUACAUGUGAAUUUUUAUUGUAAAUAUUGUUUACAGAGUUUUAAUAUAUUCUGUACAUUGACCAUUCCAUAUGUGUACCAACAAUCACGUUUCUCAGUAAAUCAAUUUUUAAUUAAUUGAAAUACUAUUUAUCUGGCGAUCUUAAUUAGUCAAAUUUCCUGGGGAAAAAACGAGAUGGAUUUAAUAGAAAAAAUUAGCUUUUUUAAAAAUGAAAUGUUUUGAUGGGUUUUCAUCAGACAGAAGACAUUGUCUGAAGUAAUCAUAUGUUGAUUUGAUGAAGAAAAUUAACUUAAAGGAGGAGGGGGCAGCUUUGAACCAAAUUUUGCCAGAGGGGUUUUCAACUUCGGUUAAACAUACUUUGAUAAUUACUGGUACAAAGUAUACAUAAUAUACUUGCUAUUGUUUUGAAAACAUUUCACAGGAUUUAUAUUUCUGGCACAAUUUCUUAUAUUCUAUUUUCAACGGAGGAAUUAAAAAGAAAUAAAAAAAAACACCACUGGUGUCUGAACUGCAUGAAGUGUACAAGUAUUAGUUAUGAUAAUGAGAUUUACUGAGUUCUGUGAUGUGUUGGUAAUACAGAUUGUAUUGGAGGUAAAACAACUCCAUUAGUGUGUGUCCUUAGAGUUAUCUCCCCUUGAACAUCAUUUCUAUUCUAUCAUUUCAUUCAACUUGCCUACCUUAUAAGUCACAAUCGAUAUUACGGAUAUAUUGAAGAUAUCCGGGAUAUUUCCAUUUUAUGGUAUUUUGUAAAUUGUUUUUCGAUAAUUUGUUUUCUUAACUGAUUUCUCAAACAAAUCAUUUGUUCAGGCCGCCGGAAUGCAAAUGAGUGGUUCAAUAAUCAACAUGUAGCAUAUUUGAUUUCAUACUUCAUCAUGGUGAUCUGAUGGCCAAAAUCUACUAAAUCCUUUAGGAUGGUCAAUCUUUCCCAAAGAUCUGACAUUUUUUAAGCGACUUAUUCUACAAAGUAUUUCAGGAUAGUGUGCAAGCUUCCCAAAGAUCUGAUAUUAUUUGAGCAAAUUGUUCUACUAAAUAUUUUAGUAUGGUCCCGCCUUCCCCAAGAUCUGACAUUAUUGGAGUGAACUGUUCUGCUAAAUAUUUUAGCAUGGUCCAACCUUCCCCAAGAUUUGACAUUUUUGGAGCGAAUUUAGGAUGGUCCAACCGUCCCCAAGAUCUGACAUUAUUGGAGCGAAUUUAGGAUGGUCCAACCGUCCCCAAGAUCUGACAUUAUUGGAUCGAAUUUAGGAUGGUCCAACCUUCCCCAAGAUCUGACAUUAUUGGAGCGAAUUUAGGAUGGUCCAACCGUCCCCAAGAUCUGACAUUAUUGGAGCGAAUUUAGGAUGGUCCAACCUUCCCCAAGAUCUGACAUUAUUGGAGCGAAUUUAGGAUGGUCCAACCUUCCCCAAGAUCUGAUAUUAUUGGAGCAAAUUUAGGAUGGUCAAACCUUCCCCAAGAUCUGACAUUUUUGGAGUGAAUUUAGGAUGGUCCAACCUUCCCCAAGAUCUGACAUUAUUGGAGCUAAUUUAGGAUGGUCCAACCUUCCCCAAGAUCUGAUAUUAUUGCAGCCAUUUUUGUUCUACGAAAAUCUUUCAAGGUGUUUAUCUUUAUUUCUCAACCACAUCUACUAAAUACUUCAGGAUAAUACAACUUUCCCCCAAUCCUUCAGGAAAGACAGUCUUUAUUUCUCAACCACAUAUACGUGCCAAAUAAUAUAUUUAAUUUAUCAUGACCUUUUGUUCGGUGCUUUUUAUUUGACUGAUGAUCUUUUAGUGUAGACUUGUCCGUGUUCAUUGUCAUGAUGAAUUAUCUCCCCUUGGUAACGAAACAGCGACAGACAUCAUCCUCUCACCUGGGUCGUCAUUGUGUCUUAGAUUGGUCAGCUAUGCACUGUAUUUACUACUGACCAUGAGGGUUCUCUCAGGAAUAUUUGGAGGUCUCUGAACUUGAAAGAUCAUUGUAGACACAGUAGUUCAGUUCUUUUAUAGAUUAAGUGUUGUCAUGGCGAUGUGUUGUGAAAUGUCUGUCUGAAUCAGUCUUCAUGUCAAAAUGCCAGGAUGUUGGUGAUAAUGUUGAAAAGUCAGCAGUUUUAUUGCUUUCUCUUCAUCGAAAAAAGAAAAGAAAAAAACAAAAACAAAAAACCAUGUCACAAUCAAUUAGAUUGAAACAUAAAAUUUGACAUCUUAAAAGUCUUCAAAUUGUUCAAAAUAAAUUGUAUGUCUGAUAAAUUCUGUUAAAUAUAAAUUGUGUUGUUGAUACAGCAAAACUACACAACUGGUUACGUUUGUUUAUAAUGUUCAGAAGAAAAUUUUUCAUGAAUUUGAUUAAGGAUUUUUGCUUGUCAAAAAUUCUUCUGAAUUCUUCUGACAACCGAGGCACACUUGACACCGUAUCCAAAAUUAGCAUUCCUAGUAGCACCGACACCAGACCAAUCAGCUGACACCUACAUGGAGGUCAGAGGUCAGGUGUAAUGUUGUAUACAAUAAAACUGUGUCACUGUUUGUGAUGAAAUAAAAUGUGAUAUUCAGAAAUAUA